GCAAGGCGUGGUCGUCGGGAAAGUCGCGGCACGCCCUGUUAUCAAUUCAUCAUUGUUUUCCGAACACAACGCAUACUCAACCCUGUGUGAAAAGGCGCCAGAGACUAACUCUUCUCACAAAUACAACAGCCUCAUAUUCGAUAUAAGGCGACACAGUCUUCCGUUGCAACAUGGUAGUAACAUAGCUGCACAAUCAUAUUGUUAUGUGGUCGACCCGCGAACACUUAAGUACCUUAAUCAUCGUUGCUGGCUUAUCUCUCAAUCUCCAUUCCGCAGAAGAAUGUCUCCCACGCCCACAGAAAUCGUGGUCCUAGGUGCAGGCGUCGCCGGUUUGACAACAGCGUUCGAAGCCCGCCAGCGCUUCCCAUCAGCUCGAAUCACGAUCGUGGCCAAAUAUCUCCCCGGCUUCACAUCUCCGACAGAAUACGUCUCGCCCUGGGCGGGCGCCAACUGGCAUUCCUUCGAGAAAGAACGCAACCAAUACGCCGAAUACGAUGCCGUCGCAUUCAAGAAAUUCGUCGACAUCGCUGCCAAAACUCCCGAAAGCGGCGUCAAAGCUCUCCCCAUGCGCGUCAUCUACGACAGCGACGAAGCGCGGAAGAAUCCACUAUGGUACGGCGAAGUGGUCGGCGGUAUCAAGGAGGCUCCCAAGGACGAACUCCCCGCCGGCGCCGUAAUGGGUCUAGACAUGGACAGCUUCAUGAUCAACACCGUCGCAUACCUCAGCUGGCUCCAACAGCAAGUCUUGCAUGCCAAAGUCAAAUUCAUGCGCCGCUCAUACACCCACAUCAACGACCUGAUGUCCGACUUCCCCGGUGCACACGCCUUCUUCAAUUGCACGGGCCUCGGUGCCCGGCAUUUAGGAGGCGUCGAGGACGAGACGGUCUACCCUACAAAGGGCCAGACAUUACUCAUCGCCGAGCCCAUAACGCCCCUGAAGAGGAUGUAUAUCCAGAAAAACGCAAGCUGGGGCGACAAUGAGUUCGCGCAUGUCUUCCCUCGACCACUAGGUGGGGGAAUAAUUCUCGGAGGCGUGAGACGCGAUAACGACUGGACCGCCGAACCAGAUAUGGAACUUGCGGAGCGGAUCAAGCAGAGAUGUUGUGCUCUGGCACCGGAGCUGGGAAAGCCGGAGGACUUGCAAGUCCUGAGCCACAACGUUGGUCUUCGACCGAGCAGGAAAGGCGGUGCGCGAGUCGAACUGGAGAAACGAAACGGCAAACUUCUUGUUCACAAUUACGGCGCUUCAGGGGCAGGAUAUCAGUCCUCAUGGGGCAUGGCUGCACAUGCACUGGAUUUGCUGAACGACCAAGUCUCCCAAAAAUCCAAGUUGUAAUCAGACAAUUCCGGCAUUAGAUAUAUGAUUUACGAUCCCUCAUCAGCUUCUCGUUCGCAUAUUCAUGUCCCGAGUCCAGUGUCAUGUUGGCAUGCAUCGACAUCUGCACGGAGGUCCUGUGGUCAACAUGACCAAAUUAUACGAAGACAGAGAUCGUAUCGUGAUAAUAUCUGCAUACACUCUACCAAUUCCCAGCCUAUGCCACCCUGAUGAAGACUCGUCAUGAAGGAGAAUCAUUCGUCGUCAAACGUGCCGUCAAACGUGCCGUCAAACGUGCCGUCAAACGUGCCGUCAAACGUGCCGUCAAACGUGCCGUCACACG